AUGGACGUCGACCCUCGCCGGUUCGCCGGUGUGGCGUCUACACCAACAACACACACCUUCAACAUGCGCACAAAUGAAGAGGUAGAGCAACCCAGUUCGACAAUAGAACCCUAUUACAACUCACUAAAUGGAGUCAACCAGCCCAUGAACAUGGUUUUUAAGGAUGCCCUCUGGCUAACCUUGGGCGGCCUCGGCCUCAUCAUUCUCACCAUCCGGCUCAUGGAGAUUCUCUGGGCAAAGCUGCGCCAGGUCUCUGCCAUGUCUGUACCUCGAGAAAAGCAAACUUACUGGAAAGUUUCCCAAUGGAGCUGGAUGCCCAGUCUCAAGAAGAACCUCAUCUAUGCGCCUCUCUGGAAGAAGCGCCAUAACCGCGAGUUUCGACUUUCCUCCGCCAUCAACGUUGGCACCCUGCCCUCCCGACUCCACAUGUUUAUUAUCAUCGUAUAUCUCGGCAGCAACUUGGCCUACAUGUUUGUCCUUAACUGGCGCAACGAAAAUAAGUGGGCGUUCUGUGCCGAACUGCGAGGUCGAGCCGGCGUCCUUGCCGUCGUCAACAUGGUCCCUCUCAUCAUCUUCGCCGGCCGCAACAACCCGCUAAUCUCCAUGCUCAAGAUCAGCUUCGAUACAUAUAACCUUCUGCACAGAUGGAUGGGCCGAAUCGUCGUCAUCGAUACCUUGAUCCACGUCACUGCUUGGGCUAUCGUCGCUGUGGCUGACGGCGGCUGGCGCAACGUGCAGAACAGGAUCGUCACCUCCUUGUUUAUCGGCUCUGGCACCGUUGGGACUGCUGCUCUUGUUCUUCUCCUCCUCCUCAGCGUCUCUCCUUUCCGCCACGCAUUCUACGAGACAUUUCUCAAUCUCCACAUCAUUCUUGCGCUCGUCUCAUUUGUCUGCACAUGGAUACACUGCGCCAGCUCUUCUGUGGAGGGAGGAUACCUGCCGCAGCUGCCCUGGAUCAUCGCUGUCGUCAUGCUCUGGCUGCUUGACCGCCUGGCCCGCGUCGUCCGUCUCACGUACGCAAACUGGUCUGACAAGGGCUUCACUGACGCUCUUUGUGAGGCCAUGCCUUGUGACGUCACAAGAGUCACCGUUCGCCUGCCACGAUAUAUGGACAUUGAGCCUGGUACCCACGCCUAUCUCCGCUUCUGGGGCAUCAACUCUUGGGAAAGCCACCCCUUCUCGGUUGCCUGGGUUGAGCACGAAACAACCCAUUCCCUACCCGUUUCCGCCGAGAAGGAACCUCUCAAUGCCGUCGACAGGGCCAACGCCUAUACAAACGUGUGCUUUGUCAUUGGCGCCCACACUGGAGUGACACGAAAGCUUUUCGAUCGGGCAAGCAGGUCUGUCCGUGGCAUCCGCAUCAAGGCCGUCCUGGAGGGGCCGUAUGCUGGCCAUCACUGUCUCGACUCGUAUGGACACUGCGUGCUCUUUGCUGGCUCGACCGGCAUCACACACCAAAUAUCCUACCUCCGACAUCUUCUAGAAGGCUACAACGCCGGCACGGUCGCCACACGCAAGCUGACGCUCGUCUGGAUUAUUCGAGAAUACGACUCUCUCGAAUGGGUCCGACCAUACAUGGAUACGAUUCUUCGCAUUCCGAAUCGCAAGGACAUUCUUCGCAUCCAAAUAUUUGUCACACGCCCACAAAAUCCUCGCGACGUUGUCAGCUCGAGCUCGACCGUCAAGAUGUUCCCAGGCCGUCCAAAUGUGCGUCUGCUGCUCGUCAAAGAAGUGCAAGAGCAAGUUGGCGCCAUGUGUGUGACGGUCUGCGGGCCAGGUGCUCUUGCAGAUGACGUACGUUCUGCUGUACGCGCCGUGCAAGGACACAGCGUUAUCGAUUUUGUGGAGGAGAGCUUCACAUGGUGA